AUGUCAACAUCAAAAAACAACUUAUUAACACGCGGUCAUGCCAUAUGCCUAGUACUUGAUAUGGUGCCCACUGUUGACAAUCGAGAGAAAGGAAAUGAAAUAAUCGACAACAGUGUGUUUGAUGUUACGUAUACUGAAGCUCUAGGUCCUCAGCAUCCUUUUGCCAUGGGGAAGUCGAUUAUUCAGAAGAAUCCUCCAACGUUACAACCAACCAAUACUGUGGCCAGUAACGAAAGCAGCGAUUUCAACAACGACAGUAACAACAACAAUAAUGUCGAUAGCGACUCAAGCAUCGAUAAUUCAAAUGUCUACAGCCUUCAAAGUAUAUUAUCGAUUACCAAGUCAAUGUUUUUCAAAGAUGCUGAAAAUGAAGAUCUCUUUGACUAUGCCUUUUACACGACAAUGGACAUGUAUAACAACGUCGCCAAGCAACUGCCACAACUUACCAAGUUUAUGAAUGGAUCAAAAUUUGGAAGACUUAUCAAAGACGAAGACUUUGGCAAACGGAUUUCAAAACGUGUCGAGGGAAAGAGUAUCAAAGGAAGAAUACUAUACAAGCUGAAGAACAAUGCAAUCGGAAGCUUGGUGGAAACAACGUCUGCCUUUCGCAUAGAAAUCAGUAACGAUGGUAGCAAUUGGAUAAAUGUUGGAUAUGUCAGGAAAUCCCCAGGCUCUGAAAGCGUGGCAACACGACAAGCACUCCUCGAAGCAAUGAUAAUGAAGUUAAGGAACCGAUGUCUCUGUCGUUUUAUCUUCGCCUCUACCAGUUCAACAUCAUCUUCACCGAUCUUGGAAAGAGAUUUCUUGCAGGGUAACACUACCAACAGCAACAAAACCGUCAAGGCAACAAACCUAGCACAUUGCGAUGGAGAUACUCAGGCUAUGAUAGACUUCAUUGGACAUUCAAUGAAAAAGGUCCGGCUUUGUGUGAUUUCAUACGCUGGUUUAUCAAACAAUCCUGGCGACGUUAUCAAAUUACUAAAGAGCUGUAAGAUGAUCAAAUCAAUCAUAGUGGAUCAUGGCAGCCAUAUAGAGUCACUCAGCAGGUAUUCACUUCUACAUGGAGACAAGAAGAAAAUUGAGCUAUUCAAAUCAAGAACUGGUUUUGUGAAACGGUCAAAGUGAUUCUUCUUUCUCAAUAGUUUACUUUAUGUUCCCCUAUGGCACUAGUUAUUCUACUACUCUCUCCUUAUAUCUCUACCACCAUGGUAUAUUCAUUCAUCCUUUCCGUCGCAAUCGCUUGUAAAACUUGAAUAAACAGACAAAAUAGAAAAAGCAUUAUUCUCUUUUUUUUAAUUAGUUUCGGUAAGAGAAACAAGUUUAAAAGCAAAGGAAGAAGACAAUAUCUAAGGAUUCAUAAAUUCAACGGAAUCACCGAAUUACACAAUAAAAUUGUUGUCUAUGUCUAGAUUCGUCAAAAUGGUUGUCAUAUAGCAGGACACCAAUAUAUUUUAGAGUGUAGACAGCACUUUUCAAAG